GUGGAAAGAAACACACGGUUAACUUAAUGCAGAAGACAUGUACAUGUGAGAAAGUCAUAAUAUAUAAGUUGCCGUGUUCUCAUGUCCUUGCGGUAUGUCGUCACCGGAGCUUGUCAUAUAGUGGUUUUGUGGACGCUUCAUUUCUGACUAGCUCGUAUCGAUCUACUUAUAUGUCCUUUUUCAAGCCUGUGCCUGAUAUGCAUAAUUGUUCUCCAUAUGAUGGUCCGAGAAUUAUAGCUGAUGAGAGGCUAAAACGUGGAGCUGGACGUCCACGGUCCACUCGAAUACAAAAUGAAAUGGAUGCAGCUGAUAGGUCUGGCAAAUAUAGAUGUAGCAUUUGUAAGGUUUCAGGACACAAUAAGCAAAGAUGUCCUAAUAAGAACGGUGAAGGAACAUCUGGGUCUGAUGGCGCAGUCCAUCUUUCCCGGCCCCACUGAUCGCAGCGUUCUCACCCUCCAGGACCAGCAUCGGAGUGAGGAUGUCUGGAGGGGAGUAGCGGACACGGUACUAUCGUGUCGGUUGCAUCAUCACAGUCUCUAUCUUGACUGGGAGAUUCACGAGAGGGUUCUUCGGUAUGUCGAGCGUGCUGGUUUUCUCGGCAUACAUCGUUUGGUAGGGGGAGGUUUGGAGAUUGAUAGACCACUUCUGACGGCAUUAGUGGAGCGAUGGAGGCAGGAGACCCAUACAUUUCAUUUGACUGUUGGGGAGGCGACGAUUACUUUGGAGGAUGUCGCUGUUAUCCUUGGACUUAGAGUGCACGGGGCACCUGUUACUGGUCGAGGCGAGGGUAACUGGGCUGCAUUAGUUUUCGAGUUGUUAGGGAUUUGGCCCAACACACCGGAGAACGAGCCCAAAGUUCUCCAGGGUUCGUCUUUGAGAUUGACAUGGCUUCGGCAACAUUUUUUCUUGUUGCCGAAUGAUGCUGAUGAGGUGACUGGACAUAUAGUUCGGGUAGUGCGACCCUUGCAUACCUGUAUCUGUUUCGACAUUGUAGAGUUCCGUUUCCCUGGUCGAGUUAUGCGCCAGUUUGGAUUCGAGCAGACGAUUCCCGCACCUUCUGAUACGAGCACAACCCUUCAUGCCAUAGAUCGGAGGUCGAAGAACAAGAACUAUCCGCUCAGACAUCGACCUUACAUUGCACAUUGGGAUGAGCGCGAGGGACACAUAGUUCAGGGCACUCCUUUUAGUGGUCGUACUCAUGCCUUUGACGAGUAUAUGAUAUGGUUUCGUCGCAUCACGAGGUUACGCCUGACGAAUCCAUCGAGGCGACCACCUUCUACACAUUAUCAGCCUGCGUCUGCAGAUAUAGUACUGGCACAUACUUUAUCUGAUAUUGCUCAUAGGUGCGGUACUGUACUAGAGGCUUCUGAGUCAUUGCCUCCAGAUAUGGUGCGUGACUUGUAUGCGCAGACAUUGCAGACUAUGAGGGGACUGUGUGUUGAUGCUGUUGGCCGAGCUGGACAUGGCCACAUCGUACAGGGCGUGCCUACUUCUGCUGGAUAUACAUCGACUUCUACAUCUUCUACGUCUGCUGCCCAUAUAUCUACCACGACAGCUUUGCUUUCACCUCCAGUCACUCAGAGGGCCUAUCGACGACGUUCUGACACUACUCCCCCUUCUCUUGAUGCCAUUGCAGAGACUCAUGAGCCACACCUAGCUCAUCUACACCUUCACAAAAGAAGAAGAGAGGGUUGGAUGUUGUUUGGGAUUGCUGGAAUUUUUUUGGCUUUCUGGCAGUUGGCCAGUUAUGUGGAAAAUGCAGUUUUGUGUAAGGUUAAGCGCAUAGGAGUUGUUGCAGUCAAGUUAAUUCGUAGGAGAUUUGGUGGUAGUAUGGAGUAUGGGCAGAGAAUUGAUGGUGGUGGUGGUUCCAAUGGUCAAAGAAAGAAGUAG